AUGAUCGCCAGCUCUCCUCAUGCCCAUGACGAGAGACUCGAAUUCCAUGGCGGAAGGCUGGCAGCACGAAGCGUGGUGAGCAACCCGCGGGGACCUCGAUCGCACGAGGAGAUUCGCGAGCGGAUCGCAUUGGAAAGGGCACGGCGGCGCGCGACGGACCGGCAGUCUACCGCUCUCGUCCGCGCGCUGACGUGGGCUCUGCGUGGCGUGGAUGAUGUGGCAGCGGUGGAUGCGGUUAUGGCUGUCGCGGAGGAGGAAGGCGAGGAGGUGAACGCGCGGGUGGUAUCCUCCGUGAUGCAGAAGCUCGGGAUUGAACGCCGAGUUGGUGCUGCGCUGGCGCUUUUUCAUUGGCUGCAGCGUGCUUCUGGUUCCGAGACUGUCAGAAGCGGCACUACAAAGACCGGUACGCCUUCUGAGGGUGAUCUUAAAAGAAACAGCCACGCCCAGGAAGAAACAAAUUCUGAAAACGAGGAAUCAAGAAAAGGAGAGACUAAUGUGAGAUGGAAGGGGUUAUCUGAGCCGAAUGUGUACACGUACAACAGCUUAUUGGGAGCACUAAAGGCCAGUGGGGAAUGGUCACGGAUGGAGGAAGUAGUGGACUGGAUGUCAGCCAAUGGCGUGGCGCCAGAUGUCGUCACUUUGAACACUCUCCUGUCUGGCUUAGAAACUCAAGGCAAGGACGAAGCAGCGUGGAACCUUAUAACGAAAUUCGGCAUUCAGUACUCGUUUCACAAGCCACGGCGACCCGCAGAUGCUCAGAACAGGCCAGUGGAGAGCAAGCCUUCAGAGAGCAAGAAACAUGAGCCGAAUCCGCAUAGCACGUUACGUGAUGCCGCUACGGUCCCGCAGCAUCUAGUAGCCGCGUCCGCGCCCACCAAGGCAGCAGAUACCCUGGAGAAAUGGUCUGUGCGGCCGGACCUGUUUACUGUGCGCACCGUGCUGCCUGUGUGCCGCAGAGGGCGGGUGGUGGAACGAGCGCUGGCGCUCUACUCUCUAGCCCUGGAAUUAGCGGGCUCUUCUAGUGGCAGCAGUGGUGGCACCAGCGGCAGCAGCAGUGGCAGCAGCAGCAGCAGCGGCAGCAGCAGCAGGGGCGAGGGGAGCAGCGGAACUGUAGCCAGAGAAGGUGAGCGGAGUGGGAGCACCCGGCAGCAGCAGCAGCAUCGGGAGGUGGCAGCGGCGCUUAGGUUCGCUUGUAACGAGGAGAUGAAGCAGAUAGUCGCCGCGCUGGAACGACAGGUGGACGGAAACCGUCAAGCAGACGGUAACUGGCAGGCUGACGUUCACGUGCAGGUAGGGAAGGCCGAACAGACAAGGACCGGUAGGGCAGCUGUAUUGGCGCAGGAUGCAGCACAGGGAGGCGUAGGUAGGGCUGUCACUGGAACGAAGGGGGUAGCCGUAGCUACAGUUGCAGGGGCAGCGCCAAGUUUAGAGGAAAGAGAGGGAGGGGCAUGGCGAGAGGUAGCCGCUAUUGGUGCAGCAGCGACAGCGGUAGGAGUUGCCGGCGAAACAGCAGCAGCUGGCACCUCCAGGCACGAGUCUGCUCUGGGGAUGGAUGAGGAGGAGCCGGAGCAGGAGGAGGAGGAGGCGGAGGAGCAGGAGCGGGGGCAAGGGGAAAGAGCAGGGAGUUCGGGGGCAGGGCACGGGAUGAUGAGGCAUGGCACGGCAGGUGCGUCUAGGGUACUGUGGCUGCUGGAUCAGAUGGAAAGGGUGGGGAUAAAAGCUGAUGCGGAGACUUACCGCUUGGCCCUGCACGCUUGCUGCCUUGACGACCUUGUGGGUUAUGCUAAGCCCAUGGGCAUGGGCAGUUCUAAGGGUGCAGGCAUGGGUCACCGUAAGCAUGGGCAUGCGCAUGGGCACUGGCAUGGGCACGGGCACGGGCAUGGGCAUGGACAUGGGCAAGGAACUUGCAGGCAGCGGGAAAUCCGCACUCUCUUUGCUGCCAUGCGCAGCCAUGGGUUCGUCCCUGGCCUGGACACGUGUCACCAGGUGAUUGGCGCGCUUGGCAGGGCAAAAAAGUGGUGGGCAGCACUGGAAGUUUUUGAGUCGAUGAAGGCACAGGGGCCUGCACCGACCGCUGCCACGGAGAGGCUCAUUCGCGGGCACUUCAACAUUUUGCUGACUGCUGCCCGGAAGCGUGGGCUGUGGAAGUGGGCGGUUUCUCUUCUUGCCAAGAUGGAGUCUGCAGGGAUCCCACCAGAUGCCCUUGCAUGGCGCACGGCGCUUGUAACAUGUGCAAAGGCGAAUGAAACCGCCUCCGCUAUUAAAGUUUUCGAGGAUAUGGUGGAGACGGGGGUACGGGCGGAUGCAGUGGCGUAUGGCGCUUUGCUAAGUGCUCUGGAGAAAGGGGAUUUGUUGGAGCCAGCAGAGGCAGUGUGGGGGCAUAUGAGGAAGAUGGGUGUCGAGCCAAAUUUGCAGGCGUACACUACUAUGAUUGUUGCUCUGGGGAAGAGAGGGGAGUACGGGCGAGCUGCAGCCUUGUUUGAGGAGCUUCAAGGGACGGCUAGCAGCGGCAGCGGCAGCAGCAACAGCAGCAGCAGUGGCAGCAGCGGCAACGGUGACAGCAGCAGCAGCAUUGGCGAGUCUGCUCUGACUGGGCAGGGGAGAGCGGGGGAGGAGUUGGUUGCUGUUCGGGUGCACAAAAGGCAGGAUGGAACACCAGCACCAGCCGCUGCUGCGUACAGAGAACGUCAUCUGGGUGCUGACGUGGUGGCAUUCAAUGCGAUGGUUACAGCUUGUGCUCAUGCUGGGGAAGGGCUGAGGGCUCUUGAUUGGCUGCAAAAGAUGGAGGUAUCCUCUGCCACUCCACCAAACGCCACCACUUACCAGCAAGCUGCCAUCGCGCUUGCUGAUGCCAGUCACUGGGAGGCUGCCCUCUCACUCAUCCCACGAGCGCGCUCUCGGGGAAUUGAGCCCACACCUUUGAUGUUUGAGGUGGUGCAGCGAGCCUGUGCUGCUAAUGGGGCGGACUUCGCGUCACAAUUGGUAGCCGUGUCGGCUUCUCGUGCAGAGUUGGUUGGUGGUGCGAAGAGUUGA